AUUUUCAGUUGUUGAAUAGAAUGGCUGGAUUUCGUGUGGCAGUUAUUGAUUGUCAGCCUUUACCAGAAGUAGUUCAACAAGUCACGGGAGAAACGAACUUUACUGGGUGUUUCCAGGCACUAUUUGAUAAACUAGUGGAAGAGAGAGGUGGACCGCGACUCCAAAUGGUCUCCUUCAACGCUCAACAAGGUUGCCUUCCUGGACUCAACGAAGGUUUCCACGCUUUUUUAGUGACUGGGUCCUUUUCCGCAGCCUAUCAAGUGGUUCCUUGGAUUGAAAAACUCCGUCAGUUUCUGCUAAAUACAUAUCAGACAAGCCCAAUUACCUUGGUUGGAAUUUGUUUUGGACAUCAGAUGUUGGCACAUGCGUUGGGAGGGCUUUCCAAACCUAGUAAAAAUGGUCCAGAAGUUGGUUUGAGUACAUUCACCUUGAGUUCGGAAGCAAGAAAUCUGCCUGUGUUUGCUCAGCAGUGGAGGCAGCUGCAAAAAGUGAACCUUAUUGCCAUCCAUUCAGACGAAGUUGUUGAGUUGCCCAGAGGAGCUAUUUCACUUGGAAGUAAUGAUCACUGCCUAUAUCAAGGCAUGAUAUUGCCGUGUCGAGUACUAAGUUUUCAAGGUCAUCCUGAGUUCAGUGCAAAACCAGAAGUUUAUGAAGCCAUCUUAACUCAUGUCGCCAAAUUUCCAGAAGAGAUCAAAUCUCAAGGCCUUGAAGCCUUAACUUCUUCUUUUACGGACCAUAUUUGGGUUGCUUCGUGUAUUCGAGAUUUUAUCCUUCAGAAAACGUUAAUUCCAGAGUGACUUGCCACAUAGCUACAGAAGAGCAAGGAAGACGACGCUAACUACCAAACAUACUGUAACCGCUGUUGAAAUCCAAGGUCCGAUUAUUUCCACUGAGAAUUGACGGUUUUCAAUAAGCUUCAUAAGUUUGUAGUAACGAACAGCAGCAUAGGUGGAGCAGAAAGCCCCGAGUGCAAUUAAAACGAACGAAAUAACUCUUCCAACCAAAUUCUUUUUCAAAAAGUCCACAACUACUAGUCCGAACCCCAUAAUGGUCAAGGAAGUCCGUACCCAUGCCAACCAAGUUCUAAAAAAGCCUAAGUGUUGUACUUGUACUGAAAAUAUUCCAACCAACCUUUCGUUGGCAAGGUGGUCCCUUGCUAAGGAUCCUUUGAUGGGUUCAUAGUGAUAAUGAAGCAGAUUUUCAAGUUCACUUAGGUGUAUAUAAGGAAAGGUAUGAUAGUUUCUGGAAGAAAUAUCAGUUUCUUGGUUUGUUGUUUGCUGUAGAGAAGAAAAAGUUGUUGGGUGGUUCAUUCCAGUCAUCACUCCGCAAAAGUCCCAAAGUGAAU